CCUGUCGCAGAGAAGUCGUGCUAUUCCACGCAGCGAACGUAGUGUAGCGCUGGCUCCGCACGCCUGCUCUUUCACGCGCUCGGUAUAUAAGCCCCUCUCGGACCCGCAGCGAUGUCAGUCUCCCCGGUGAAACGGCAGAAGAUGGAGUCUGCGCUGGAGCAGCUCAAGCAGCACACCGUGGUGGUGGCGGAUACCGGGGACUUUAACGCCAUCGAGGAGUACAAGCCCCAGGAUGCCACCACGAACCCCUCUCUGAUCCUGGCCGCGGCGCGCAUGCCAGCCUACCAGCACCUCCUGGAAGAGGCUAUCGAGCACGGGAGGAAGCUGGGGGGGACGGAGGAGGAGCAGGUCACCAAUGCCAUGGACAAGCUGUUUGUGAGCUUCGGGCUGGAGAUCCUGAAGAAGAUCCCGGGCAGAGUCUCCACUGAGGUGGACGCCAGGCUGUCCUUCGAUACGGACGGGAUGAUCCAGCGUGCGCUCCGGCUCAUCAAGCUCUACGAGGAAGCCGGAAUCGACAAGCAGCGCAUCCUCAUCAAGCUGUCCUCCACAUGGGAGGGGAUUGAGGCUGGCAAGGUGCUGGAGGAGAAGCACGGGAUCCACUGCAACAUGACCCUGCUGUUCUCCUUCGCCCAGGCUGUGGCCUGUGCAGACGCACAAGUGACACUCAUCUCCCCCUUCGUGGGGCGGAUCCUCGACUGGCACAAGGAGAACACGGAUAAGAAGAGCUAUGAGCCCUCCGAGGACCCUGGGGUGGUGAGCGUAACGAAGAUCUACAACUACUACAAGAAGUUCGGCUACAAGACGGUGGUGAUGGGGGCUUCGUUCCGCAACACCGGCGAGAUCAAGGCCCUGGCGGGCUGUGACUAUCUCACCAUCUCCCCGGGGCUGCUGGCUGAGCUCAGCAAGGACUCCAGCAAGGUCACCCCCACCCUGAGCAUGAAGGAGGCCCAGGCCUGCGACCUGCAGAAGCUGCUGCUGGAUGAGAAGCAGUUCCGCUGGUUGCACAACGAGGACCGCAUGGCCGUGGAGAAGCUCUCCGACGGGAUCCGCAAGUUUGCAGCUGACGCUGUGAAGCUGGAAGCCAUGAUCAAGGAGAAGAUGUUGAGCACCAAGAAUGGGAAGUGAAUGGGAAGGAGUGGGAGCUGCAAGGGAACAAAGCGGGAGGGACCAGAGGCAUUACAACCACCCCCCGAUCACGACAUUCCUGACCAGACCGCUCGCGUGUCUCCUGCAUAGUCUUAAUCAGUUUUCCAGUGCGUCUCUGAUCAUUUCUUGUGUUGUAAAGCUAGUUUUGAAAGCACUUUUUUUUUUUUUAAGAACAGAAUUAUAUAUAUAUCCCAUGGAAUCAAUAAAGGUGCAGUUAACUUUCAA